AUGGCCACUGCUCAAUUUGCCCAGAUGGGCAGCCUCCCGCAUGCCCUCAAGCCGGAUCUUGAUAUGGAGUCGUUCUUCGACUUCAACCAGGGCACUUCUCUCAACUCUCCUCAACUCUCGGGUCCCACUCCUCGCCCUUCGAUCGAUGCCUCGGCCUACUACAACGCACCCUCGCCCUUUGAGGCAGACGACGCCCACAUGUUUGCCGGCCCAAGCCAUGAAUACGAUCGUUUCAAGCAGCAGACCGGCCUGCCGGUUGGUUCUGUCGCCAGUUUCUCAGCCUUGAACCAGCCCGUCUCUGACACUUUCACCCCCAGCCAUGCCUUUGGCGGUUUCAACUCGGGCAUUGAUGACAUGUCCUUUGACCCUGGCUUCAGUGGUUCGUGGUCCUCUGGCAUUGAUGUUGACGCCGACAUGAACAUGGACUUCAACGCCACCCAGACCAUCCCUGCCAUCUAUUACCCCCAGCCCGGUCCCUCUCAGCCGCGCUCUGCCGACUUUGUCGACCCGGCUUCCAUCGGCACCGAUGCUUCUCCCAACAACGUAGGCAGAGUGUGGCCCGGUAUGCACCAGCAGCAGGCGCAACAGGCAGCUAUGGCCAAGGCCCAGGUCCAGGCUCAUGCUCAGCAGCAGCAAAGAAUGCAGUUUGAAGCACAGCAACAACAGCACAGACGCCUGGCACAACAGCAGCAGCAGCAGCAAGCACAACAACAACAGCAGCAACAGCAGCAACUCGAGGUCAAACCAAACAGAAGCCGGGCUUCAUCGUACCAGUCUGAUCCCCACACUGAGGAGAGCAUCUCUCGUCUUCUCAACCAAAUGCGUCAAGGUAGCGCUGUGCCCUCUGGCAAAGAGGACUCUGCCAACGGCAUGCUCCCUCAUGUUGCUCGCAUGCGCAAGGAAGAGGAAGACAUGGACGAGGACGAACGUCUGCUUAACAGCGAGGAGGGCAAGAAGCUCAGCAGCAAAGAGAGACGUCAGCUCCGAAACAAAGUUUCCGCCCGUGCCUUCCGCUCCCGCAGAAAGGUGGCCAUGAAGGCACAGGAGGCCAAUGACCUUAGAGUGGAGAACCGCAGCCUCCAAGAGGAAAAUGGCCGCUGCCGCCGUCUCAUCGAGGUUCUGUUGCGUCACCCCUCGUAUGCUCCUUUCAUUGAGGACAUCAGCAAGGACCCCAGCAUUGCUGGCCCUCUAGGCCAAGCUCAACAAGGUACCGCUGGAUCGGUACCUUCGCAGCGUGAGGCUCCUCUUGAUAUGUCUCUGCUGAACCUGAACAAUGCAUUGCAAAAGCCGCGUCCGGGCUCGACAGGUGCUCAGCACGUCCAAGACUUGUUCAGCCGCUACAAAACCACACCAGACCUCGCAAGACAGCCACCCGAGUCCCAGAAGCUGAAAGUCUUGCGAGGCCUUCUACAGACAUCGGCCCGUUCACGCCUGAGCCGCGCACCCAAGCUCCGGGGCCAGCGACAAGAAUACAAUCUCGUUUUUCCGCCAUCCGCCUUUCUCAACAUACCCAGUCGUAAAGGCCUGGUCCCUGCGAUCAAGUUCCGGAGGAUGCGUUCCUUCUUUCAGUUCGUCACGACGCCGACGGCCGACACACCCGGCACCACACUCCUCCUGCACUUUGACAACAAGCGCUAUCUCAUUGGAAACGUUGCCGAGGGCACUCAGAGAGCGUCGGUCGAACAGAAAGUCCGCUUAUUGAAGGUGUCGGAGCUCUUCUUGACUGGAAACACAACCUGGGAGAAGACGGGAGGAUUGAUUGGCAUGAUCCUGACUCUGGCCGACGCUGCCUCGUCCAGUGCUCAGGCCAACUUACUGGAAACUAAGAAAAAGAUAUUGAACAAGCUAGAACGCCAAGGUGCCGAUAUCAACGACGAAGACAUUGCUGAGCAGGCCGCUCGUGAGGCCAAAGAUAGAGCGCGCCUCUCCAUCUUCGGAGGGCCCAAUCUCAACUACACCUUGGCCACUGCCCGCCGCUUUGUCUUUCGUAAGGGAAUGCCUGUCGAUGUACACGAGUUCGGCCACGAUCUUGCUCAACACCAGACUCCCGCAGCCGAGCCUACAUGGUCAGAUGAUAACAUUCAAGUAUGGGCCUUGCCUGUUUCUCCUGUCUCGAACGUGACGAGCGCUUCGAGUAGCCCUCGUAAACGUAGCUACGAUGAGCUCAAUGGACAGGAGGCUCCGAACGCUCGUGCGUCCCUCCACCAGGCAGACAAGGAAAAGGCCCUGAUGAUGUCCAAGGCUGUAGUUUCGGAAAUGUUCGACUCCUCCUGGCGUAUGGAUGCGCUUGUCGAGACCCCCAUCAACGAAGUACAGCUGCCUGCCACGCUGUUUGUUCGCGAUCCAGAAACGAAUAAGAUGACAAAGUAUACCGGCCCUAUGCCAGGAGGUAAGGAGCCAGUUCCGAAUGUCAAGGUUUUGGUUCGCCGUCCCUGGCCUGGCGCGCUCAUCGAAUCUCUUCCGCCCACCGAACCCGUAAAGGUGGCCAUGUCAUACAUCUUUCGCAACCACAUCAUGAGAGGCAAGUUUCAGCCACAAAAGGCAAUAGCACUGGGCGUCCAGAAGGGUCCCAAAUUUGCUGCUCUAGGCAAGGGUCAGAACGUCGAGAACGACAAAGGUGAAACUGUGACACCAGAUAUGGUGUUGGAACCAAGUAAACAGGGUGGUGGUGCGGCUGUGAUUGAUCUGCCUUCCCGCGAAUAUGUCGAAGCCCUGGUCUCGCGACCUGAAUGGAGAUCGGAAGAGAUCAUGGCCGGUGUCGGUGCCUUCAUCUGGAUGCUUGGUCCCGAUGUUGCUUCACACCCCAUGCUCAAGCAAUUCAUGGAAGACAUGAAGCACAUGAAGCAUGUCGUGUCUUCUCCGGAUCUUUGCUGCAAUAGACUGGCUCUUGACUCGGCCGCUGGUGCUACGAUAAGACUGGGUCAGAUCGACCCUACACGUUACGCUAUUCCAGUCCAUGACAACACAGCCGCCACACAGGCACUUGAGUCUCUGGAUGGCUUGAAAGAUUUGGUGACUGUUGCCGACCGCGGACAAAAGGUGCAGCUAGAGCCGUCGAUAGAGAUUCAAAACAACGAGAUAAACACCCUCCUGGAUGUCGAAAAGGUCAAGGCAGAAAUGUCCAAAGACGUCCUUAAUCUCGCUCGGAUUGCGAAUGAAGACGUCAAAGCCAGCAAACAAGCACUCGACGCCUGGGCCGACAGUCUACCCCAAAAAGACGUGGAAAUCACCACCUUGGGAACUGGCUCAGCCUUGCCAUCCAAAUACCGCAAUGUUUCGGCAACACUUGUACGCGUUCCGGGUUGGGGCUCAAUGCUUCUCGACGCUGGCGAAAACACUCUUGGCCAGCUGAAGCGUGUAUACGCCCCUACAGUCCUUGACGAAAUCAUGAGAGAACUGCGCGUGAUAUGGAUCAGUCAUAUGCAUGCCGACCACCACCUUGGUACUGUGUCGAUCAUCCGCGAAUGGUACAAAAUAGUCCACGGCGCACGACCAGCAGCCACUAUCAACCCGGGAAAUGAUGCCAAUUUCGAUGCUGCUUCGAUAUUCAGCAAACAAGAUCGUCUCUCGGUGAUCUCAGAGGCAGCAAUGUUGCACUGGCUCGAGGAAUACAGCCACGCUGACGAUUAUGGCUUCUCCCGUUUGGCGCCGCUGUGCAUUACUCCCAGCUUCCAGAACAGAAACCUCAAAUCCACUCUCCAGUGGUUUAUUCCGCCUCUUUCAACGCAAUCUCUCAACGGCAGCUCUUCUCACCCGAACGAGCAAUGGGCGGAUAAGGUCGCUCGUGCCCAGGUCUUGCCGCAGGCACUGGAUCUCGAGGAUAUUCAAUGUGUGCUAGUCCAACACUGUCACGGCGCUCGUGCUGUAUCUGUGACCUUCCCUUCGGGCUUCAAAGCUUCGUAUUCUGGUGACUGUCGUCCGUCCAAAGCAUUUGCACAGAUUGGCAAGGGCAGCACGGUGUGCAUCCACGAGGCAACAUUUGAUGACGAGCUGCAAGGUGAUGCCGAAGCAAAGAAUCAUACCACAACAAGCGAGGCCCUCGGUGUAGCUUUAGGAAUGGGAGCAAAAGCCUGUGUCUUGACCCAUUUUAGUCAACGAUACCAAAAGGUCCCCGUCCUGGAAUAUACAGAGGAAGAGGACGGUACCGUCAACUCGCUAGCAGCGAGUGGAGACGAGAUGGAUAUCUCCACAAACAGUGACAAUGAGACUGAUACCCCAGUGAUGGAUACAGUCGCGCCUGUGUCUGAGAGCAAACCCCUGUCGCUCCUACAAAAACACACGAGGUCGCAAAGCACAUCAAGANUCAAGGCAGGAAGUGACAUGAAGGUCUGCGUCGCUUUCGACUACAUGAGAAUCAAGGUAGGGGACAUCGCACAGAUGGAGAAGUACACGGAUACGCUCGUAGCAUUGUUCGCAGAAGAAGAGUCGUCAGAAGAGAAGCCUGAUUUAAAGAUCAAGAAGGUCAAAGGUGGCAAGGGGCAGCGAAACAACUGA